AUGACUUCUGUCAGUCAAGGAGGCGAUUCUGACGUUCAGAGCUGGCACGCGUCAGCAGAGCUUUCACAAAACAGCUUCAUCUUGAAUGACGGCUCUAGUGAAACCGCCGGUGCACCAGUUGAAGAAGAAGACGAUGAAGAUGUAUUUGUAUACCCCGGAAACACCACUUCAGAACCGGAGGAGGUGCCAGCGCCACGACCCCAGACCUCGCAUCCUAGUCCGGCUCAGCUGGAGUCGCUCUGUGCGGCUGCAUCUUCAGGCGACCUUCCCCAGCUGAAGCGCUUGUUCAAAACUGCGACAGAAACCAAUAAUAUCCAGCCUUUCAGUCUCGCCAACGAUGCCUCAACAAGAACAGGGUUCACAGUCCUGCAUUCGGCUGCUAGUCGAGGUCACUUGGACAUCGUGGUCUGGCUGAUCGAGAAUUGUGGUGCUAUGCCCGACGUCGAGGACAGGGAAGGAGAGGCGAGUAUUCGAGUUUCGGCUCUCAAUGGACACAUCGAUAUACUCAAGUAUCUACUACCCGACCGGGCGGAUGUUCAUGCUCGAGACGCCGAUGGAUGGACCGCUCUGCACAACGCCUGCUCGAAGGGCUAUCUUGACAUUGUCCGUUGGCUUUGUGAACGAGGUGGAGCAACGGCUGUGAAUGAAGGCGUUUCUGGAGUAGACGUCAAAAGCAAAGAUGGAUGGACCCCCUUGAUGAAUGCCGCUUCGAAGGGACACCUGCCCGUGGUUCUCUAUUUACUCAACAAACAGUCAGCAAAUCCACUGGUGCGAAACAAAUGGGGAGAGACAGCCUACGACACAGCGGCUGCUGUCUUUGAAGUUUGGAUAUGCGAGGUGCUCCAACAAGCCGAGGCAGCUCAAUGGCGUCGCGCCACCACACCUUACAAUCCUCUGUUAGUGCACACGACCUUGCCGAUUAUCCUCUACGAAAACCAGCGACUGGACACGAGGCUCAAAACUGUUGCAACUUCCGGCGGCCGACCAAAGUUCAACGUUUCUGGACUUGGGAAGCAGGGUCGUCGAGCACCUUUCGAGCUAAAGCUUUUGGUUCCUGAUGAAGAAAUCGGAUCUCGUAUGGUUCCUGCCUGGCGCAGCGGCGUCCAACUCCCUGCUCGAGAAUCGCCCUGGGUUCUUCCAAGGCCUGUUACAGCAGAUUCUGCUCCUGAUUCCGGAGAGAAAAGCCAUUUCUGGCUUUCGGAUUGGACGCUCGAUGUCACUCAUCCCGCCGUCGAUGCGGAGGAAGGUUGGCAAUAUGCUCAGUCCUUCUCUGACCCGGAUGAGCGAUGGGUUGCAGAGAAGCCAAUGCCGUUGCAACGCAUCCUGAAUGGAUCUGGCAUUGUGGCUGCAGGUCUCAACACCGCAUCCAGCAGUUCCCUUGUAGCAAGUCGUGGUCAUCCUACAUGGGUACGGCGCCGUCGUUGGGUUAGAAUUAUGCGAAGGCGAUUGGAUAUACCCCCUCUGCCUUUCCUUGAACCCGACGGGUCCAUGUAUUAUUUGGAUCCGGAAGGCAACUUGAUUCCAUAUACAGAGGAAUCCCGGGAUCGCGGGUCGGGAGGGCAGGAGUUGGAACUCAUGCCACCCAACGCGAUGCUGGCCUCAGCACGGGAUUACGUUGCCCGAGCAAGGUACCUUGUUGGAAAUCAAAUCAAUAUCGAUUCCACCCCAUCCAACUCGGUCGAGGUUCGUCGAGCAAUCGCCAAACUAGAGCGGGCGACUACCGAAUUACGACAAGGGAUUCCCGGCGAUGAGGACACUGAGCGUCGAGUUCAAGCAGAAGUUUUGUUAAAUGCUUAUAGCAGAGAGCUUGAGCGUCGCCGAUUGGCGGCGAGUUCGUCCGGACUACUUAUUUCUGACACUAAUGUUGACGAAAGCCUUGACGACUAUGACGAUGACGAUGACGAGUUUGUAUACCCUGGAGCAGAGCCAUCACGAUCCGCCUCCCGUGCUUCUGGAUCGACCAACGACUAUUUCAGCCAACCAGGACAUUCGCGCAUACCCGCUGACUUGACGCCCCAAUUAGCACAAGCGCCCGACUUCCGGGUGCCAACGCAUGAGGCCCCUCAGAAGGUCCUGACAGCAAGAUGGACGUCUCCUCCCACUCCCCAUCAGCUACAUGCCCAGUGGGAGCGAGACGAAGCUGUCCAACAGUGCAGGGAGUGUCAGCGCCGUUUCAAUUUUAUUAAUCGCAGACAUCAUUGUCGCAAGUGCGGGCGUAUUUUCUGCGACCGGUGCUCUUCUAACCGAGUCCUCCUCGACCCCUCGGACAUUGUACACGACCCUUCGCUGCCCCAUCCACCCGCAAGCACAAGUCCCCAACGUGUUUGCCAAGGCUGUUACGACGAGAUGCACACGGACGUGCCCACCCGCCUCUACAAUAGCAGCGGAACCGCGCUGGAGCGGAUUGUCGUUGAUCACGAGCGAUUGACUGUUCCUGGCAGGCUUACCCGCCGGCAGUCAAGCUCCCAGCUCAGCGACUUGGCCGAUUGUCCGGUGUGCUUCCUGAGUCUGGAUGAUGUUGGGGGACCACAAGAGCAGGAGUUGCAUGUCAAGAACUGCCUUGAAGGUGGUGGUCAAGGCCCAUCUAGCCAGGCAGCCAAGUACCUCGUGUAUCGUCUUCCAGCUGAAAGCACACUUCUAGGGGUGGAGUGUGUGAUCUGCUUGGAAGAAUUCGUUAAAGGUUCCACGGUUGCUCGCCUCAGUUGCUUCUGCAGUUUCCAUAAUGCUUGCCUUUCUUCUUGGUUGCAACGUGGCAAGAAUUGCCCAGUCCAUGCUCGAUGA